AUGUACUCAAAUGGUUUCCAUUACACACCAACUAAUGACAAUGGUUUCUAUGACAAACCAAAGAAUGACAAUGGUUUAUGUGACAAAACAAAGAAUGACAAUGGUUUAUGUGACAAACCAAAGAAUGACAAUGGUUUAUGGGACAAACCAAAGAAUGACAAUGGUUUAUGGGACAAACCAAAGAAUGACAAUGGUUUAUGUGACAAACCAAAGAAUGACAAUGGUUUAUGGGACAAACCAAAGAAUGACAAUGGUUUAUGGGACAAACCAAAGAAUGACAAUGGUUUAUGGGACAAACCAAAGAAUGACAAUGGUUUAUGUGACAAACCAAAGAAUGACAAUGGUUUAUGGGACAAACCAAAGAAUGACAAUGGUUUAUGGGACAAACCAAAGAAUGACAAUGGUUUAUGGGACAAACCAAAGAAUGACAAUGGUUUAUGGGACAAACCAAAGAAUGACAAUGGUUUAUGGGACAAACCAAAGAAUGACAAUGGUUUAUGUGACAAACCAAAGAAUGACAAUGGUUUAUGUGACAAACCAAAGAAUGACAAUGGUUUAUGGGACAAACCAAAGAAUGACAAUGGUUUAUGGGACAAACCAAAGAAUGACAAUGGUUUAUGUGACAAACCAAAGAAUGACAAUGGUUUAUGUGACAAACCAAAGAAUGACAAUGGUUUAUGGGACAAACCAAAGAAUGACAAUGGUUUAUGGGACAAACCAAAGAAUGACAAUGGUUUAUGUGACAAACCAAAGAAUGACAAUGGUUUAUGGGACAAACCAAAGAAUGACAAUGGUUUAUGUGACAAACCAAAGAAUGACAAUGGUUUAUGGGACAAACCAACCCAUGAAAAAUGGUUUCCAAGACAAACUAACCCAUAA